CAGUCACAUGCAACAAUUUAUUGGGGAUUUCCCCUUCACAUCUGGCAGUCCUGCUUGCUAGAAUAUAGGUAAGUCAGCCACAGUUACUGACGAUCGAUAUUUAAAGGGUAUUGUUUUUGUGCUAAAUAUUUCAUAAAAACGUUAUUUAAUACUUUGUGGAUUAUUAAUUUAGUUGAUAAUCACUGGAAGUAAAAUGGAUGCUAAUUUGAGAGAUCAAGAUCUUCGUAUAAAACAGUUAAUAAAAGAAAAUCUACAAAGAAAAAAAUGUCUGCCAAGCCGUAGCCGAAGCCGAUCUCCAAAUAUAUUUGGCGAUAGUGAGACCCAGUGUCCAGAUGAUUUACCCAGCGUCGUCGCAACAAAGAAAAAAAACGAGGAUAAAGUAAAAGAAAAUUUACUGAAAGAAGAAACAAACUGUUCUAAAUGCUUAAUUUAUGGAGAAGAGGAUAAAAGAAAUGAGUAUUUCGGACUGUUAGUGGCUCAAGAAUUUAAAUAUAUACGGCCAUGUGUGCGAACGAGGUGUUAUGAAGAAAUUUUAAAGUAUCUACGGGAAGCAAAAGGCCAACAUGUUGAUCAACUGCAACAUGAAAACACUGAAAAUUAAUUACUUUCAUUUUAUUAUAUAUAGAUUUUUAAA